CUAAGGACGGACCAAGAUGGCGGCGCCCAGCCCCGCGGCGGUUGCUGCUGCUGCUGCUGCUGCUGUUGCCCCGGACAACGAGAGCGGCGCCCUGGCGACCCCCAAGCCGAAGUCCCCGGCCAUCACGCCGCAGAAGGUGCGGGAGCUGAUCGACGAAGGGAUCGCCCCGGAGGAAGCCGGGCAGCAGGACAAAAAAGAUGCCUCUGUCUUCGGUGAGGUGGCCAAUGGAUCUCCCCAGACCAACGAGCCGCAUUUUGAAUCCACUAGCAAAGAUGCUUUCUACAGCCGAGUCGAAACAUUCACCUCCCUCAAGUGGGCGGGCAAACCCCAUGAGCUGUCGCCCCUGAUCUGCGCCAAGUACGGAUGGACCAACGUGGAGUGCGACAUGUUGAAAUGCUCCAGCUGCCAAGCGUACCUCUGCGCCAGUCUGCAGCUGGCGUUCGACUUCAGCAAAUAUAAGGAGAGGUGUCUGGAGCUGCAGAAGGCCUUGCUGGGAGCUCACGAAAAGUUCUGCUUCUGGCCAGACAGUCCUUGCCCAGAUCGGUUUUCGGUGCUGCUGGUGGAGGAACCCCGGGCUCUUUUCAGCGACUUCCUGGAACGCUUCCAAAAUCUGUGCCAGCUGCAGCUCCAGCUGCCCUCCCUGAAGCCAGACAGCCUCAAAAAUGUGUCCCUGACGGAAGAGAAGGUCAGCUUCCUCUUACAGUUGAUCGAGGAGGAGGAAGAGGAAGAGGAGCAGGAGAGCUGCAAAACCGAAGGCGAGAAGACGUCGGCCAAGCAGCCUUCCGACCUCCUUCAAGUCCACAUCACAGCUUCCAUCCUGGCCCUUUGCGGCUGGUCCGGCAGACCUCCCUCUGGAUCCGUCCAUCUCCCCUUGAUCAGCUGCUGCCGUUGCAUAAGGAAAGUGGGGCUGUGGAGUUUUCACCAAAUGGAGUCGACGGAGACCGAGCUGGAGAACCCCUCCAACGUUGCCCUUGCGGCCGAGAAACCCUCCCUGGGGCCCACCUCCCCACGACGCAUGAUCACCCGGAGUCAGGAUAACAGUGUCCCUCUGGGCUCGGAGCAGCGUGAGAAGAGUCCGUCCCCAGUGAUCAGCCGCACGCGGGGCGGGGACAGCUUCAGUGAGCGCCCCGAGGCCGAAGCAGCCAGCCCCACCACCCGGAGCCGGCCUGUGACUCGCAGCAUGGGCCACGGGGAAGUCUGCGGCCUGGGGGCCGAAGUGCCGUCCAGCCCCCACCGGAGAGCCAAGCGGCCACGCCUGUACUCCUCCAGCAGUUCGGAUUCAUCGACCCGGGUUUUCUUCGACCUGGCCCAGCACCGUGACUGGUGUCCAUGGAUCAACGAAGUGAAGGAAGCAACUGGGCUUGGGACCAAAGGGGAAUCCUCGGAGGAGAAGGCAGACCGUGGCUGGCAGGUGGUCCUGAAAGUUCUCCAGGCUUCCAAGCAGUCGGAAAAGCCAGCCCAUCUGGAGUCGGAGAGUCUCUCGACCAAAUCCCGCAAAGUCUUCCAGAUUUUCCGCCAAUGGGAAGCCGCCUGCUCCUCCUGAAGACAGCGUCAGGGCGGUGCAAAGUCGGCUCCGCGGAACACUACCCGUAUGGUUAGCCGGAGGGACGUCGCAUAGGAGAAGAGACCCAGGGAGAAGCGAUUACACACCACCUCCCCAUGUCCAGUCUCACCUUCUCCCCCAUCCUCGGACAGAAGCGUCGGGCAGUCGCCCCUCUCCCACCGAAGAAGAUGCCUUCCCAAAAAAAAAAAUCUUCCUGCCCCCUUCGGAGGUGGGCAGGGACCCCUGAGCAUUUCUACAACCCUUGUGCUGGUUCCCAGUUCCCUCCUGCAGCUGAACCCAGAGAAAUUCCCAGUUUAAAACUGAGCUCGAUCCGUUCGGCAACAAGGUGGAGAAGAUCCCUUCCCCACGCGACGUCUUGGGUUCAUCCUCCGAGUUGCAUUUGGGUCUUCCUUGCUCCUGCUCCUCUGCAAAGGAGGAAUUUGUUGAGGGGGGAGGACCUGAUUUGACAUUCUCGGCACCAGCACAAAUAUCGGCCCCUGGCACUCCACCAGGGCCCGACACCACCACCACCCCCGUUACGUGCUCCGCGUGAAAAUCCGUUGACUCCCCAGGGUUCAAAUUGAAUCCAAACUUGGCCUGUUUGGAGCAACUAGGAUGGAAGUGGGACACUGGUUGACUUCUUAUUUUUAGAUGGAGAAGAGAAAGGCCUCCCAGAAUUCCCUCUGACGACAUUCACAUCAAAAAAAUUAAUGAAUUAAUGAAUUAAUUCCCCAUUCUGUCAUUCGAAAUGUCAAAAAUCGCCUUUCCUCUGGAGACAGGUGGGAAAAAUCGGGGAGAGCUUGCCUCAAAGUCAGGGGUGUCCAACGUUGUCAACUUUUAAGACGGGUGGACUUUCAACUCCCAGAAUUCCCUAGACAGCUAUGCAGUUUGGACUUCAAUUCCCAGAAUUCCUUAGCCACCCGUGCAGGAUGAACUUCAACUCCCAGAAUUCCCCCAGGCAGAUAGGCCAGCUGGGGAAUUGUGGGAGUUGAAGUCCCCCAGCUUUAAAAGUUGACAAAGCUGGACACUCCUGCCUUAAAUACUAAGUUGUGUAUGUUGGCAACCGCCUAAAACACCAGAGGUCGUAGAUACACCGGCGAGAGCCGUAUCGCAGCUGGACAACAAGUCCGUUUCUUGCAUAGCUGGAACCCUUUAUUAAGAAAAACCCACAUUCUAACAUUUUGUGCGGUUUGUGUAUAAAAUAAAUUAACAGAAUCUGGGCCUA